ACAAGCGUCUAGCCCCCAGCUGGCAACUUUUAUUCCUAGAGGCCUGUCAGGUGUCGCCAUGCGAGUGUAUGCGCACUUUGACGUCUUCCUUCUUCCAGCUGACUGGUUCCAGCGCGCUGCUUUUGUUUAUGUUGUGAAUUUUGUGGUGAAUCGAACUGUUUAUUGUUUACUGUUUUUUGCUCGGUUUUUUGCAAUGGAUAACAACAAAAUUGAUAAAUUGUGUUGUAAAUAUUGUAAAAAUGAAUUUGGUUAUUUAUAUAAUUUGAGGAAACACGUGAACAAAUUUCAUUCUGAUGAUGAGGACUAUUUAAAAACUAUUUCAAAACAUUCAAAUAGUGAAUUUAAAUUUUCAUGCAAGAUGUGUCAUAAAAAUUUCAAUCACAAAAAAAACCUGAAGUUUCAUACUAAAACUCAUGAACGACAACAAGAUCAAGUGCCUGAAAUCUCAACUGGAAUCACAACAGAGUUCAAUGAACCCAUUACUGGAGCUAUUACCACUGCAAAAUGUGCAAUGUGCCAAACUGAGUGUAUAAAUAAUAAGGCUGUUUUACUGCACUACGCAGAAGCUCAUGAUAUUGUGCUGAAAAAAAAAUCAUUUAUUCUUCCAAAACUUGAUGAAUUUUAUGCAUGGAAAAGGAAAUUUGAAAGUGACACUAAUAGCAGAUUUUUUAAAGUAUCUUCUUCUAACUCAUGUAAAACCCAUAAGUACAUUCGAUUUACGUGCCAUCGUUCAGGUCAAUAUGUUCCAGAAGGCAAAGGUGUUCGACAUUUGAAAACCCAGGGCAGUAAUAAGAUUAAUGCUGUCUGUCCAGCAACUAUUACAUUGAAACACAGAUUCAGUGAUGGCAUAUGUGAAAUACAAGUACAAGAAACACAUGUAGGUCAUCAAAAUGAAAUUGGUCAUCUGAAUUUAACUAAAAUUGAACGCGAAAGUCUGGCUGGAAAAAUUGCUUUGAAAAUUCCGUUUGAUGAAAUUUUGGAUGACAUACGAAAUUCUAUAUGCGACAACACUCUAAAACGACUUCAUCUCCUAACAAAGAAGGAUCUCUUCAAUAUAGAAUUCUGUUACAACUUGAGUUCUACAUCAAUGAGACACUCGAAUGAUGUUGUAUCAGUUAAUUCCUGGAUCCAUGAAAUGCAAGAAAAAGGCCAGGCAAUUCUAUUCUACAAACCUCAAGGCAGUCUAAAUAAUGAAUAUCCUAUUUUGAAAGAAAGUGAUUUUGUCUUAGUUAUUAUGACAGAUGCCCAAAGUGAAAUUUUAAAAAAAUACAGUUCAGAUUGUGUUUGUAUUGAUGGAACACACGGAACAAAUAGCUAUAAUUUUGAGCUCACCACACUGUUAGUAGUUGACGAUAUGCGAGAAGGAUUUCCUUGUGGAUUUCUCAUAUCAAAUCGUUCAGACAAAGAUGUUUUUAUAAUAUUUUGCAAUUGUAUCAAAACACGCAUUGGUGGCGGUAUUGUCUGUAAUGUUUUUAUGUCAGAUAUGGCUGAAGCAUUCUUCAAUGCCUGGAUAGAAGUAAUGCCUCCUCCAAAGCAAAGACUGUUUUGUAGCUGGCAUGUUGAUCGCGCAUGGCGAAAUAACUUAUCAAAAAUCAAGACUACUAAAAAACGGGUUAUUGUAUAUAAAACUUUGAGGGCUAUUCUGCAAGAAACAGACAUACACGCAUUUGACAAAAUGUUGAUUGAAUUCAAUGGACUCGUAAAUGCAGAUAAUGAUACACAAGAAUUUGGCAUAUAUUUUAAUAAGGAAUACAUGCCUAACAUGUCAUGUUGGGCAUAUUGUUUCAGGAUAGGAGCAGGGGUGAACACUAACAUGCAUUUAGAGAGAAUGCACCGUACCCUUAAAUAUACUUAUUUGAAAGGCAAACAUGUUAAAAGACUAGAUAAAGGUAUUAAUGCCAUAAUGUGUUUGGUGCGAGAUAAAUGCAUAGAAAGAUUGAUAACAAUAAACAAGGGGAAACUUUCUUCUAAAUUGUCAGCACUUCGAUCUAGACAUAAAACUAGCUUGACGUUAGACUUAAAUUCAGUUAUGCCAUGUGAUGAUGGUUGGAAUGUGGCAUCUGGAAAGAAGACUGAUUUAUAUUUAAUUCGCCAAGUGAAAGAUCAUUGCGAGUGCCAUUUGAUAUGUAUUGAAUGUAACACUUGUUUGCAUAGAUUCAUCUGCUCUUGCCAUGAUUCGUCAAUUGAAUAUAAUAUGUGCAAACACAUUCAUCUCUUGUGUAAAUCAUUGGCAAGUGGAGUAUGUACGUCCCCAAAUACCAGGCUGAAUGAAGCAAAUGAACGGCAAUUUGGUCAUUGUUGAAAACCGUCAGGACGAAUUCCAACACAUUUUAACAGAUCUAAGUUCAAAAUCAUCCACAUCGACCUCUUUGAUAAUGGAAAAAACAAAAAUGAAGGAAGCAUUGCAAGAACUGAUCAACAAAGUCGAUUUAAUGACCUCACAAUCUGAACUUGAUGUAGUCAAAAAGUGCAUUGCUCCUAUUGCUCCUACUCUGGCUUCUUUGAAUGCAGCUAAUAGCAUUCAACAUGUUUCCAAAAUUCCCCAUAACAAAAAGAUUGACAAGCAGAGGAAAUUUGUUUACACAAAAAAGAAAAACUAUUCAAAACGGAAUCCCUACAAAAAGCCAACUCGCGAAGAAACUGAAAAUAUUGCAGCGGCCCUAUUACUUAAUUAAUACCUAUUUUUUUUUGUAAAACUGCCUCGCUCAAAAUGGAGCUUUUAGUUUCUCACACGCUAGGCAAUGUUGAUGACUUGUUUCCUAAAAAAUAAAAAUUACAAAGGUAUUUGGUUGUUUUAUUUUUAAGUUCUAGAGAAAGCAUUGUAAAAAACUUAUUAGAAAAACUUUUUUCCACACUAUACUUGUGGACCUAGCCGUAGACAACAAACUGUCUCAGACAUGCGAAAAGAGUCGUUUUCAAAUUUUGUUGUUUAAAUAACUAUUUUAUUUCUUAAUAAUUGUUUUUA